CUGGAAUAUCGUCCGUGUAGAAACCGCAGGGAAAAUGGCUGAGAAGGAAGACACUGAAACCUUUGAUGUUAUGGAACUGGCAGAACAUGUGAAGAAACAAAGAUGGUGGAACAAAAUGUUUGGUAAAAAUAAUUCUGGACCAGUUGCUGAGAAGUACUCUGUAGCAACACAGCUGGCUAUUGGAGGAGUGACUGGCUGGUGUGCAGGGUACUUGUUUCAGAAAGUUGGGAAGGUUGCAGCGUCAGCUGUAGGAGGCGGCUUCUUUUUGCUCCAGAUUGCUCAUCACACAGGCUAUAUUAAAGUGGACUGGAAAAGAGUGGAGCAAGAUGUGAACAAGGCCAAGAAGCAGCUGAAUCUCAAUUCAGACAAGCCGUCCAAAGAAGUCAGAACAAAAUUUAAUGAGGUGCAGGUAUUCGUCAAGAAAAACAUUGUUCUUACAGGGGGCUUUGCAGGAGGAUUUCUGCUUGGUCUGGCUUCAUAGGAGCUCCAUCUUACUCUUUAUUAUUAUGUCUUCUACUCGCAGGAUGUCAUCCAACUAUGUAUACAACAGAUUACAGCUUUAGAAGUGUGAUAUUGCAGCUUGCAUUAAAUUCAGCACGCCUAAUUAAUACAUUUAUGCAAGUUAUGUGUUCAUCAGGAAAUAUAUUUUAGCAUGCUAGAAUAUAUUAUUUUAUUGUUUUUUUUAGACAUGCAUUGUGUUCGGUUUGUACUUGAUGCCCAUGUUAUACUUUUGUUAUCAUUUAUUUGAUCAUUUUGCUUUAUACAUUUUGGAACCAUUUUUGAACAGUCAUGAUUUUAUUUAAACAUGUAAUAUGUCAAAAUAAAUUACACCCUUUUACGAACCCA